AUGGGAGGCUGUCAUUACACAACCUUAGGAGUUACCAAAAAUUCGAGCACGGAAGACAUUAAGGCGGCUUUCCGGAAGCUAUCGAAAGAAACGCAUCCGGAUGUGGCCGGUCCCAAGGCAAAUCCGGAGCGCUUUCGGCAAAUUUCUGAGGCGGCAUCGGUCCUGUCCAGUUCGAAAACGCGACAAAUCUACGAUCUCAAAAUGGAGGGG